GCCCCUGCUCUGCUUCCGUCUCCUCUUUCUUUGUGACCAGCUUCAAAAGCAAACCGAAGCCUACGGUUAAAUCUCUACCGAACAAAUCCAAUUUUUUUUUUGUUUUCUCUCUCCCUCUCUCUGGGGUUUUGAGGGUAUAAAAUCCUUAAAAUGAUCUUCUGUCUCCGGAGAUCAUUCGACAGAAGAAGGGCACACCUGAAAUUCAGACGACCUCUGUGAGGAGGGGGCAGGAGAAGAGAAAAAACGAGACGGAGAAGAUGAUACAAAACGCCGUCGUUCCAGGAGGAGGGGAGAAGGGCGGCUCUGUCGCCGUCUCCGGAGCCGGAGCCGGCGGUGGUCGAACUGUUCUGGUCGGAGUGAAGCUCGACGCGCCGAGCAGGGAGUUGCUGACGUGGGCUCUGGUCAAGGUUGCUGAACCUGGUGAUACUGUUAUCGCUCUUCAUGUUCUUGGAAAUGAGAUUGUCGAUCGAGCUGGGACGUCGUCGCUUCUCUCACUGGUGAAAACCUUUGACUCUGUUCUUGAAGUCUACGAAGGUUUCUGCAAUUUGAAACAGGUGGAUCUGAAGCUGAAACUAUGCCGUGGUUCGUCGAUCCGGAAGAUUCUUGUCAGGGAAGCGAAAUCCUUCUCUGCGGCCAAAGUUAUUGUCGGAAUCUCCAGACAUCACCACGCAAUUCGCUCCUCUGCAUCUGUAGCUAAGUACUGUGCUAAGAAACUGACCGAUGAUUGCUGGGUUUUGGCCGUCAAUAACGGGAAAAUCGUGUUCCAGAAAGAAGGUUCUACUUCUCCAUCAACCUACUCUCAAGGAAAAGAAGAAAUCCGCAGGAACACAUUGUUCAAUGCGUUUCAGCAGCCUGUUAUAUUGAGUAAGAGCAAUAAAGUAGCGAGCCAUUCAGAAGAAGUGGCUCUCAAGGAGGAAGACGCAGAGAAUCGUGGCGAAUGCCAGAAUCUAGGACAGGCCUUAGCUGCAUCUCGCCUCCAGAAUUGCACGGUCUGUGGUUCAGGUUCUCUCGCUCGAAUGCUGUCUGAAUCUUCGAAUCUCGAUGGUCACAAGAACCAGAAGUCGCUGGCCAUUGUUCAUGCCAAGAAUCCAGAAGAUUCCUCUGGUUCCAUUACUAUGUUGGUAAGACAAUUACCUGAAUCCAGACCAGGUUGGCCGUUGCUUCGCCGUGCGGUUGUUUUGGAGGGGCAAGCCUCUCCUCUUCACCGGUCUUCGUUGAGACAGAUACCGGUUGUAAAGUGGGCACUGAAGCUGCCCUCUAGGAACAUCUCUUUUGGUGGCAAUUCAGUCACAAAGGAAAUUUGUUUGCAUUCCUGUGAAGAUGAAUCACCAAGCUUAAAUGCUCAAACUGGAGCUAUGGUUCCUGUUGGUAUUAGUUCUAUGAUUCCUCAUUCUUCUCCUGAUAAUAGCCCGAGAAGAUUGCCAGUAGAGUUAGAGGGUCUCCAUGAGAAGUACUCCUCAACUUGCAGGUUUUUCAAGUACAAGGAACUUGUCUUGGCGACAUGGGAUUUCUCUGCAGGGAAUUUUAUCGGGAAAGGAGGCAGUAGCCGGGUUUUUAAAGGCUUUCUGCCGAGUGGAAGAGAAGUGGCGGUGAAGAUUCUAAAGCAGAACGAAGAUGUUCUGAAGGAGUUUGUGUCGGAGAUUGACAUAAUCACAACCUUGAACCAUAAGAACAUUAUUUCACUACUUGGUUUUUGCUUUGAGGACAACAAUCUAUUGCUUGUGUACAAUUAUCUCUCAAGGGGAAGCCUUGAGGAGAAUCUUCACGGCUACAAGAAAGACCCUUUUGCUUUUUGUUGGAGGGAAAGAUAUAAGGUUGCCGUGGGAGUAGCUGAGGCAUUGGACUAUCUUCAUAACCAUGCUUCCCAACCCGUUAUCCACAGAGAUGUUAAAUCAUCAAAUAUACUAUUAUCUGACAAUUUUGAUCCAGAGCUUUCGGAUUUUGGGCUUGCAAAAUGGGCAUCGACAUCUUCAACUCACGAAAUCUGCUCAGAUGUCUUUGGAACAUUCGGCUACUUAGCUCCAGAGUACUUUAUGUAUGGUAAGGUGAAUGACAAGAUAGAUGUGUAUGCCUUUGGUGUUGUUCUUCUCGAGCUUCUUUCUGGAAGAAAACCGAUUAGCAACGAAAGUCCAAAGGUUCAAACGAGUCUCGUUAUGUGGGCUAAGCCGAUAUUAGAUAACGGGAAGUACUCGCAGCUAUUGGACCCGAGUUUACGAGAUAACUAUGAAGGUGACCAGAUGGAGCUGAUGGCAAUGGCUGCCACUCUUUGUAUAAGACAUAGCCCUCAAGCUCGGCCUAAAAUGAGCAUGGUCUUGAAGCUGCUUAAAGGCGAUGAAGACGCUCUCACAUGGGCGAGGCAGCAACUGAAUAACCCUUCAGAAGACUCGGAGGUUCUGAAAGAUGAAAAGUUCCGAAGAUCGAAUCUUCAGUCACAUCUUAACUUAGCACUCCUCGACGUGGAAGAUGAUUCCCUCUCCAUGGGAAGUAUAGAACAGAGCAUCUCGGUCGAGGAUUAUCUCAAAGGCAGGACAAGUCGUUCUCCGAGCUUCGACUAGUUCUUCAUUAUACUACAAAACAUUGAAACAGAUGUUCAGAAAGAAGAAAAGGGUUUUAGUAUUGAGUGUAUAUAUUUACUUCACAGAUAUGUGGAAGGUUUUCUCUGAAUUUGAAUGGGGCGGUGGAUGAGAGGUGGAUUUGUGUUUGUCCUUUCUUUUAGCCUCCUCCUCUCCCCUGUGUCAGGGUUAUAAUUGUAGUUUAUGAAAAUUUGGGGUGUGUUUUGCAAUUUUAUAUUUCUUUCUUUUUUUGUCCUUAUAGUCAUGUUUUCAUUGUGGUUUGUAAUAAAUCGAAAGGAGAAAACAGAAUAAAAGAGAAAAGGGAGAUAAGUUUGUUUUUUAUGAAAUGGAAAUUGUAUUA